GAGCAUUUACAAAUGACAGAUAACUCUUCACUCAUUUCACAUUGGAUAAUCGGCAGACAAUCACACUUUUUUGAAUAAUUCUGCUUUAAGAUCAAUUUCUAUCAUUUUCGAGGAAGAAUUUGAUUAAAAAUGGCAACAUUUAGUGCAGUUAGAUCGAUUUUCAAGCCAGCAAAUCGCGUAUUCUUGCAUCAUGCCUUUAACAGCAAAGGAGGUGCUAUGUCGCAAUUUUACAACUUCCAACCGAUUUUCCAAAGUCGUUGCUAUUGUGAAAAAAAAGUUUUCAAACGUGACAAACCACAUUGUAACAUCGGAACCAUUGGGCACGUAGAUCACGGAAAGACAACAUUGACAGCUGCCAUCACCAAGAUAUUAAGUGAAAAAGAUUUGGCCGAAAUUAGAGACUACGAUGAAAUCGAUAAUGCACCAGAAGAGAAGGCCCGUGGAAUCACCAUUAACGCUGCCCACAUCGAAUAUGCCACUGAAAGUCGUCAUUAUGCUCAUACGGAUUGUCCCGGUCAUGCCGAUUUCGUUAAAAACAUGAUUACUGGAGCAUCUCAAAUGGAUGGAGCAAUUUUGGUGGUGGCCGCAACCGACGGUGCUAUGCCACAAACUCGUGAGCAUUUGUUGUUGGCAAAACAAAUUGGUGUGAAACACAUUAUUGUUUACAUAAACAAGAUCGACGCAGCGGAUGAAGAAAUGGUUGACCUGGUUGAGAUGGAAAUUCGCGAAUUGAUGAGCGAAAUGGGCUUUGAUGGUGAUAAUUUGCCAGUCGUUCGAGGUUCUGCAUUGAAUGCAUUAGAAGGCAAAAAUGCUGAAAUUGGCUCGAAUUCAAUUACGAAUCUAUUGAAAGAGGUUGACAGCUAUAUUCCAACGCCGGAACGUGAAUUAGAUAAACCAUUCAUGAUGCCAGUCGAACAUGUAUUCUCAAUUCCAAAUCGUGGUACGGUCAUCAGUGGCUUAUUGGAACAAGGAAUCAUUAAGAAAGGAAACGAUGUUGAAAUUGUUGGAUACAAUAGAACGGUUAAAUCGACAGUAACUGGCGUCGAAAUGUUCCAUCAAUUGUUAGAACAAGCACAAGCCGGUGAUCAGCUGGGAGUAUUAAUUCGUGGUGUAAAACGUGACGAUGUUAGACGUGGAAUGGUUUUAGCUAAACCGGGAUUAUUAAAAAUGAACGACCAUGUUGAAGCGCAAGUUUAUGUUCUUAAGAAGGAAGAAGGUGGCCGAUCAAAACCAUUCGCGUCAUUUGCCAAUAUGAAUCUUUUCUCAAAAACUUGGGAUUGUAUGGCUCAAGUUUUGGUGCCAGAAGGAUCAAUUGUCAUGCCAGGCACACACGCAAAACUCACAUUGAAACUCAUUAAGCCCAUGGUACUCAACAAGGGCCAACGUUUUACCAUUCGUGAUGGCAAAGUUACAGUCGGCACUGGUGUUGUGACUGAUCUAAAUCAACCACUCACAGAAGACGAACGAGUUGAAGUGAUGGGUGGCAAGAAAGCCAGAGAAAAGGCUGCAAGAAAAGAAGCCGAGAAAGCAGCAAAAAAAGCUUCAAAGAAAGGAAAAUAAAUAUUUUAAUCCAUUUAUAGUUGUACACCACUUAUUAUUGAAAAUUAUAGCAUUUAAUGUAUCACCAUUGGAAAAUAAAAUUUAACAAAAAAUGAACUA